AUGCCAGCGAUUCCAUUUGUCGGCCUCCAUGACAACAUGGCGUUCUCGAAGGGGUAUGGAGCGCCACUGUACGGCAGCGUCGGUGAUCUGGUCGACAGGGCGGCGCAUCUGCUUUUGCUGAAUUGCAUGAGCACAUUGCCUGUGUUUCUGAACGAGGCCACGGUGGACCACAUCAUCGUGCAUGUGCUGUUGGCACUGGCCUUUCAUUACUCGCCCGCAACAAAGCCGGCUGGUCGCAUGCGAGCGACACCAUGCUAUCAUUCAGUGCCAUGGAGCUUGCAGGUCGAGUAUGUCGCGGGCGUCGAUGCCGGUUACCGCCACUUUGACCACAGUGCUGGUCCCUUUGGUUUUGGCCUGAGCGACACCUCGGCUUCCUUUGUCGACGCACCAAUCGACGGGGCAUUCACACCCGAGGCAACCGAAUCAGAAGUCGUGGCAGUGUCAGCGACGGUGACCAACUCAAGCUCCGCUGCUGGCUCCGAGACCGUCCAGGUGGACCGCGUACCGCCGGCCGAAGGUGUUGUAACCAGACGUUCGCUUAAGGCUCUCGUCUCGUCUGAGCAGCUGCACCUGCAGCCCGGGCAGCCGAAGUACGCGCAGCUGACGUUUGCGUGCGAUGAUGCCGCCUACUGGAUCGAGGGCAAGGCAUAG